GGCAGGGUGGCCCGAAAAAGAAAAACUUUCACCAUCAUUCACUCCAUCACUGUCUUGCCAGAGGCGCCCUGACACUAUAAUUAUAAAACUGCAAGAUUAACACCUCUCCUUCAAAGUGUAGACACUGUACUUCCUAUCUCCAGGACUUAAGUCCGGCCUGCCCGUUUCCUUAAUCCCUUCAUAAAUAUUACACUGCUCACACUCCAACAGAACGUCAAGUUCUAAAAGCCAUUUGUCUCCAUUUGCUACUAACACUUUCACGUAUACUUGCUAUAAGUCAAAGCCCCUCGCACACAGUACCUUUUUAACUCCCUCCCUCCAACCUAUCCUAGGCCGACCUCUACCCCACCUUCCCUCCGCUACAGAUUUAUACACUCGAAGUUAUUCUGGUUCCUUCCAUUCUCUCUGCAUGUCCGAACCACCUCAACAAUCCCUCCUCAGCCCUCUGGAUAAUAAUUUUGGUAAUCUACAACUUCCUGACAAAUAGAACACAAAGAGUAAUAAUAAACAGAGUAAAGUCCCAGGCAGCCACGGUAAAAAGCUCUGUUCCACAAGGCACAGUACUCGCUCCCAUUCUAUCCCUCAUCCUCAUUUCUGACAUAGACAGAGAUGUAAGCCAUAGCUCCGUGUCUUCCUUUGCGGAUGGCACCUGGAUCACCAUGGCAAUGACCUCCAUCGAAGACACCGCGAGACUCCAAGCGGACAUCAACCAAAUCUUCGAAUGGGCCACUCAAAACAAUAUGAAGUUCAACGAGGAGAAAUUUCAACUACUCACACAUGGGAAACUUGAUGAAAUAAAAAAUGUGUCAGGGUAUAUGACAAAUUCUAACCAUACAAUAGAGCAGAAAAGUAAUGUGAAGGACCUGGGAGUGAUAAUUUCAGAGGAUCUCGCCUUCAAAGACCACAACAAUGUAUCUACCUUAUCCGCAAGGAAAAUGAUAGGAUGGAUAAUGAGAACCUUUAAAACUAGGGACGCCAAGCCCAUGACGAUUCUUUUCAAAUCGCUUGUGCUCUCUAAGCUGGAAUACUGCUCUACACUAACAACCCCCUUCAAGGCUGGCGACAGUGAUCGCCUCAAACUCUUCCUCAUCUUCCACUUUUCUCUGCAUUGGACUGAAGAAGCCACUGGCUGGCGAAACGUUUCUAGAAUAAAGAUACCAAGUUGAGAAAUGAUAUGGUGAUACCGACAAGACGUGUGAAAAGAUACUUACAUCCUGAGCUGAAAGUAAAUGUCUUUUUCCAGAUAUACAAAUGUUGCAUAAAAAGGUCGUCUUGUAUUUCUCAUCUUCCUUCACUUUAACCCUAUAUUUCCUCUCUAAAUGCCCCUUCUAUCCGUACUCUCAGGGUCAUUUAAAGACGAAGAAAAGGGAAGACAUAACAUUACUGUUCAACAUACUCAGAGGAUUUGUUAGGAUGGACAAGGACAAGCUGCUGAAAAAAGGUCGGGAUCGAUAACAAAAAAUCAUGCUGUUCUAAAUGUUGAAUGCCUUUUUAAAAUAUGGUUUGAGAAAGAGAUAAAGGUAGUGAGUAGCAGGAAACCAAACUAGGAAACACGUGUGGAAACUGAGGAGACAAAAGAUCCAUAGAGAUGUUAGUCUGGACUUCUGAGACUUUCUGAUCGCGAGUUCCAACCCCGCCCGUGGUAUGGUUUGGUUUACUUAGCUAACUUCGGUGUGCUAGAAACGUGGAAUAAAUCAGAAGAAGUAGAGGAGGCAAAUUAUAUACACAGCUUCAUGAAUAUGUAUGAUAAGUUUUAAGAGACCAGAAAUCAGAAACAGAGGCUCUGUUAGGAGCUAAUAAUCGAGGCCAACAAACAUUACUCGGUGAGUACACGCAAAACAGAUGAGUCUGCCAGGAUUAAAAAUCUGAGUCGUCCAAGUCCUUUAGAUUUUGGUUGCGCCAUUUCCCAUAAGUUUAGUUUGUAUCUACCUCUAUAGAUUUUCUUAGACAAUAUUUUAGUGUGUCCCUGUACUUGACAAUUCACUUUACAUUUCAUUAAUUUUAAACUCCAUAUAAGUUGAACUACAAAAGAUACUUAGUCAAAAGUGAUAGCAAUUUGUAGUUUAUUGAUCCCGACACUUUCUCCAUAAAUAUGUUGUAUAUGGAACAUUCUAUUUUGAUGAACACUGUAUCUAAUAAUUUCUAUUUGCACAUCCUAUGUCAUUCCCAUUCUCUUUCUGUUCGUUUCCGAUAAAAAAAAUGCAGACAUUGGCUGGUAUCCGGCUUCUCCAGGCUUCACUUCUGUCAGGCGUGUGGUGAGACAGUGGCACUCAGACAGGCGCUCUGAGUGAUGUAGUUGUCUGUUGCAGCGUAAAGUCCACUCAGACAGGCGCUCUGAGUGAUGUAGAUGUCUGUUGCAACGUAACGUCCAUUAUUACUAUUUUUCUUUACGUGAAGCUCUACCUCUGUGCAAGUUAUUUAGAAAAGAUGGACGAAAGCUCGAAAGUCCGUCUGUUAAUCGAGAGAUGUAAACUCUAGGUUCGCAGAGGUGAUUCUCCUACUUAAGGGACAGACGCUGCUGGUGGUGUUGAAGAAUCACAGUAGCCGACGUAGCAGCUGGUGGAAUUCUUGGAAGUCACUAGUGAAGAAAGAACAACGUCUUAAGUCAUGGCUUUAAACAGUGUUUUGAAAGUUGUCACUAUCUGGCUUGUCGGCUUCACCCAUCUUACUUCAGGCCACAAGAAUGAUUAUAAAGGAUGUAUCACAGAGAACCUUUCAGAAGUUGGGAAGACAAUACGCAUCACUAACAACAACAACAACCACCAGAGUUGGGUCAAGUCUCUGACAACACUUGCACUCCUAGACGUGGCAUAUUUUACUCCACAAGGAACAUAUAAUAUUAUGUGUACAGUUCACUUUAACAUCCCAGACGUCUGGCACAACUUUAUUAUAACUCUCUCAGUUGAUGAUAAAAACUUCACAAUUAUCACCGUGUUGGUCCCGGAGCUGGGUAACAACUGUAGCAAAAAGUUCACUAUAUUCCACCAAACACUUUACCUCACGAGCUACAACAACACUGUACAGUGGACCAACUGCACGACUGAUAACACCACAGUGGAUACAACAGUCUCAACACUACCAUCAUUGGAUACAACAGUCUCAACACCACCAACAGUGGAUACAAGAGUCUCAACACCACCAUCAACAUCAACACGCCCACCACAGUCAGCUUACCAUCCUCUGUUUCUGGCUGGUGUUGUACUGUUCUUCAUAUUAGUUGUGGUCGUCUCUAUUUACGUCUUCAUCACUUUGCGUAUCCUCAACCAGCUGUUACUAGAGAGAGGCAGUAAUUCUGGUCAAGAAGAAGAGGUUAGAACUUACGAGGAGUGGAAUGAAAACUGGCAGGUGCAAUCACAACUGUGAAAACCAUAUGUACGUACAGGAGUGGAGAGUGGUUCAGUGGAGAAACUCAUCGGUUCACAACCAUAAAAAAUCAUGGUUCUAUCCCCGGACCUGGAAAUUAUGUAGGAAGUUUUCCCUACAUAACAUCUGUUCCUAUCUACCUAAUACUAACAGUAGUACUAUGUAUUAGAGAAAUGUUGUUGGUAUGCAAAUGUGUUAGAACUUACAGCCCUGCUGGAAGUCCUAUCCUGACAAAAAGUCAGUGUGACAUUCAUUGAGUGAUUUGAAUUAUCCAGUUUUAAUUUACUUAACUAUUUAAAAUACACUUUUAUAGCAACAGCAAAAUAUUGCGUGUAUCUGUUUCAAUCAACUAUCUCAGUUAAAUUAUAACACAAAACAAUAAUUACUGGCAUAAGUCUGACAGCUGAUGCUGUCAUCUUCACAGUUUCCAUAAUAAAGAUGACUAAAACAAUAUCAGCAGUGAUUAACUAGUUCACUAUUCUGCUGGAUUUUCAAAUUACAUAUUGUAUUUGUAUAUAGAUAAAUUUACUCCAUAUUAUUAUUAUUAUUAUAAUCAAAAAGAAGCGCUAAGCCACAAGGGCUAUACAGCGCUGCAGGAUAGGGAAGGAAGCGAGGGUAUUGGGCGGCAGGAAGGGGGAGGGAUGAUCAGUAGGUUACAGAAAACAGCGGGGCAGGGGAUAGUACGGGGGUAGAGGGUAGCAAGAGAUUGAGGUAGAAAGGGCUGAAGGUAUCAGAGUUUGUAAAGUCAGUUGUUGUCAAAAAGUCAAUGAGAGAGUUCGGAUGAAAGGUGGGUCCAUCAGCGAGAAGGGAAGGUAAAGAGAGAGCAGCGGAGCGAAGACGACGACGGAGGUAAAUUCUGCGUGCUCGUUGAUAAAGUCUAACAGAAUGUGGCUGACUGAUAAUGGAACCUGACAAUUCUCAGAGAGAGGAGCAGGGCACCUCUCCAUGAGAUAUCCAUGAGUAAGACGGUAUGGCCAAUGCGAAGACGGGAGAGUGUAGUCUCCCAACCUCGACACUGGUGACAAGAAGACGGCCAGUAACCUAUACUCGGUUUAACAGAUUGAAGUUUGUUACCGAGCAUAGUAGACCAACGUUGUUGCCAACGGGUGUGAAGGUGGGUAGCUAUUGCAGCAAAAUAGUCCGUAAAUGGGAUACCUCUAUAUGAAACUGGUAGGUCAUGUACUGCUGACCGUGCAGCAGUGUCUGCCUGUUCGUUGCCCUGUACGUCAACAUGACCAGGGGCCCAACAAAAAACCAUAUCUUUAUGCUUGGUAAAGAUGCGGUGUAGCCAAAGUUGGAUACGGAGGACUAAGGGGUGAGGUGUAUCAAAUUUCUGUAUAGCCUGUAAAGCACUAAGAG